AUGUCAAGCUUGCCUGAUCUGGAGGUCUAUAAGGCUGCACAUGAAUGUCGCCACCAGCAAGAGGACCUAAUUAAACACAAACCCGGCCUCAAGAUUACGUUUGCUAUCCAGCCCAUCUCGUCAAAUGCGAUCCGGGCUACAAAUUCUGGCAUUGAUUCCCCACUCGGCAUUUCGGAAAAAUCUCACCAAUGGUUCCUUCUCAUGACCGAGUGGACGAAUCAUAAAGAUGAAAUCACUGUGCGCGACGCUGCUCGUAAGAUCGUCGCCGCCGCCGAAACAACAGCCAAGCAAAACGGCACUUUCCUCAACUUCAAAUAUUCGAAUUAUUCCUCGCGAGACCAGGACCCCCUUUCAACUUAUGGCGUGGAAUACCUCAAAAAUUGA